AAGCUACAACCAUACCAUAAAAUGAAAUACAGAGAUGUUGUGCAGCCUCUAUUCUUACACUUCCCUGAUAAGGAGCACUACAAUGAUGCUGGUCCUGACCGCUGCAGAACCUGUGCUGUGGUGGGCAACUCAGACAACCUGAUCGGAUCCCAUUAUGGUCACCUAAUAGAUUCUCAUGACUUCAUUAUCAGGUGCUCGAUGAAUCACGGUCCCACUAUAGGCUAUGAGAGGGAUGUUAGUUUGAAGACCAUGCGCCAAGCCAUGUACCCUGAGAGUGCUAUGCACUUGGACAACUCCACCCAUCUGGUGCUGCUGCCAUUUAAAGUUUUGGACAUGGAGUGGCUCAUUAGUAUCUUCACCACGAAACACAUUACAUGCACAUAUACAAAGGUUAAAUGUACAAUACAAGCAAACAAAGACAAGCACACGCAACCUGCACGCAGCGCAUGCGAACUGCAUGCAGCGCAUGUGACCCACAUGUGA